CAGUUGCGGCUUGUGCGUGGAAAUCUACGAAUGCGAUUGUCGUUAUGACUUUAGCCAACAAUGACAAUUUGUCGUCCGCCACCGGGCAAUUACAUUUGAAAAAUGAGACGUAUUUCGAUGUGUGAAUAUUAAAUGAAGUACAAUGGGUUUCAUCGAGGACACUAUCAUCAUCCUCGUUACCCAGCUAUUCUUCUUCUUGGGUGGAUGGGUAUUUUUUGUGAAACAACUAUUUCGAGACUAUGAGGUGCACCAUAGACUGGUACAGCUCAUUUUCUCUACCACCUUUGCAUUAUCAUGCACCAUGUUUGAACUAAUUAUUUUUGAAAUACUUGGAGUAUUAGAGUCUAGUUCUAGGUAUUUUCACUGGAAUGCUGGCCUCUAUAUGUUACUGUUUAUGGUUAUAGUUUUAAUACCAUUUUACAUUGCCUACUUUAUUAUUAGCAAUAUUACAUUUGUAAGGCUGAACCUCAUACGACCUUUAACAUUGUUGAUAUACCUUUUCUAUUUAUAUUUAUUCUGGAAAUUGGGUGAUCCAUUUCCUAUUCUCAGUCCAAAAAAGGGUCUCUUAUCGAUAGAGCAAGGAGUCAGUAGGAUAGGUGUUAUUGGGGUAACAGUAAUGGCACUACUGUCAGGCUUUGGUGCUGUGAAUUAUCCAUAUUCGUCUAUGGCAUACUUUAUGAGGCCUGUUUCUUAUGCUGAUGUCCAAAUGAUUGAAAAGAGAUUGCUACAGACUAUGGAUAUGAUUAUUGCCAAGAAAAAACGUAUUGCUUUGGCUAAAAGAGGAGUAGUUCAAAGCAUACAGACUGAUGCCAGAUCAAAAUUAUGGGACAUGUUGACUCCAUUGGCUGGCAUGAAAGGAAAUCAUGAAAAUAUAAAGCAAUUGCAACAGGAAGUAGCAGGACUAGAAGAAUUGUCUCGACAAUUGUUUUUAGAGGCUCAUGAUAUACAGAAUGCAAGAGAGCGUUUGGAAUGGUCUGCCACAUGGAAAGGAAAAUAUUUUAAUUUCCUAGGAUAUUUCUUUUCUAUAUACUGUAUGUGGAAAAUUUUUAUUUCCACAAUAAAUAUAGUUUUUGAUCGUGUCGGUAAAAAAGAUCCAGUGACCAGAGGAAUGGAGAUAGUCGUACAUUGGAUGGGUUUUGAUAUAGACAUAGGAUUUUGGUCACAACACAUAUCAUUUUACCUCGUUGGUUGCAUUGUCGUGACAUCUAUUAGAGGAUUGCUGCUUACUCUCACAAAGUUUUUCUAUGCAAUAUCAAGCAGCAAAUCGUCAAACAUCAUUGUGCUUAUUCUUGCUCAGAUAAUGGGUAUGUACUUUGUUUCGUCAGUGUUGUUGAUGCGAAUGAACAUGCCAGCUGAGUAUCGAAUAAUAGAAAAAGUACUCGGUGACUUGCAAUUUAAUUUUUAUCAUCGCUGGUUUGACGUAAUAUUUCUUGUAUCGGCGCUCUCAUCUAUCGGUUUCCUCUACCUCGCGCAUAAACAAGCGCCUACGGAACGUGCCUAACACUCAAAUGUUUCUCUAUAAAUGCUGUUUGGAAUAUAUCAUAUUUUUAUACAUUCCGAGCUAUCCGACCUUUUUCACAGCCUUUCUGUUGUGAUCCAAGAUAAACUUUCCGUUUUGUGAAAAUUAUAAAUAAUGUUGAAAUGAAUUUAUUAAAUAUUUGCAAUAAGAUUUUUAAACUUG